AUGGGCUGGGUCAUGGAGGAGUACCACUGCUUGUUGCCGGAAGCUGUUGUGGCCGACGGGGAGAUGGUGCUCUGCAAGAUCCAUCUCUCUCCCACCGCCUGUGACGAAGCUCGCCAAGAAUCCGCCGCGUAUCUAGCUGGGACUCAAGAACAAGAAGAUCAGCCGGCCCCAAUGGCGGUAACAGCAAAGAGGCCAGCGCCGGCUGCUUCCGAUGACCCGCCGUGCGCCCCCAAACGCGCGCGUGUUGCCGUGGCUGAAGCUGAUCACAGCCAAGACAUGGAUGGGUUCAGGAGCCCGUUGGAGGACCUUCUUGCUGACGAGCCCGCGGUGGAAGCCGCCGACGACAACACGGAUGAGGAUCAGGAGGAGGAGGCCGCGGCGCUUCCGGCCGGCGAAACAGAGCAGCAGAUCGUCGACUUCGACUUCGACCUUCCUGUGCUGGAUGAAGACGCACUGAGCGAGGUUAUCCUCAGCCUGGACGAGGACUUGCCGAUCGCGAGUGAUGAGGACUUUGACUUCAAGUUUCCGACCGCGGAAGAACUGAACGCGAUGCUGUCCAACGUGGGGGACUGGCCGCUGAGCUUUGCGCCGGACGGCGAUCUCCUCAGGUUUCCAGGCCUUCCGGCUGCUGUUCUUUGA